CCUCCGUUGUAUCCUCUCCCAGUGUGUGCUCGGCCUUGCUACACAGCGUUACCCGGUGUCACGUGUUUUGGAUUGUAUUGAAGGGCAACUUCAGUUUUUUGCUGGACCAUUCAAGACAUGAGAGGUGCACAGGGCCGAGGGGGGAGGGUUUCAUCGAGAGUGCGCUUGAAUAUUCUUUUACGCCCGGCUGCAGCUGGAUUUUGGGCAAUGAUGCUUCUUGUGAUACCAGGUCAGAAACCCUUUGGCUGCGCAACUACAGCAGGGCAGACUUCUGGCAAAGAAGGUGAGUACGACAGUGGCUACGACGUGAGCAGGCGGAACAUGAUCAAGGCGAUUGCUGAUCUCUACAAGGAGGAGAUGAGAAGACAGGAAGAUAUGAGCAUGGAGGAUGCUAUACUGUGCGAUAACGGUCCUAAGGAGAUAUCGAUAUUCUUCCACGAAAACCCAGAAGUGAAGAUCGUGGACCUAGCUCAAGAUCAUCGGAAUAACAACGAUUGUCUCGUCCUUAACAUCAAUUCUCCGGAUGUUUCGAGUAAGGUGGUGCUCAAGUGCGACGGGAGCAUCAGCGGCGAUGAUUUUGGAUGGGGAGAAGAUUGGUGAUUCAAGUAGAGAGCUGAAACAAGUCUCAACUGAUUAGAAAUGGAACAAGCCCAACUGAACUGGGUCCUCGUUGCCUCGCUUUGAAGCAAACAAGCACCCACCCGCCUCGGUGAAACCCGGGGGAUAAAAACGCCUUGCAGGCCAAGCAACACAACCAGGAGCUCUAUUGGCCCGGCCGCACCAGCAAGCAAGUACCAGUGGCAGAGGAAAGGAAGACGAUGAGGUUUAUGGAUGCUACGGGUAACUAGGGUUGAUUGGCCCGCCUCAAUUUCAGCUUGCAGUAGUUCAGAGGAGGCCGGAUAUGCUUGUCGUAGACAGCGCGUCUUUUUUCUCAUCAACCUUGGCUACGGCAAGAGACGCCCUAUUUGUCGGCCUUGUUUGGCAAGUCAGGGAGUAGUGUGCAGAUGGAUCGGACGCCGGUCCAAGUCUUGAAAACAAUGGUGUUGUGAGAGUAGUAUGCGUCUCCGUCCACGUAUGUAUGUGUCGUCUCUCGCCAGCUUCGUUCAUGGAAGAUGAGGCAGCAAGACUAGGGUACGGGUGGCGGGUGUGACGUCGCAGACAGAUGAAACGGAUGGAUGGCUCCGACGCACCGUUUGGUAAUUAAUGAUCACAGCCAACGCACAACAAUAAGAGAGACUCGAACCCGGAUUAACAUGUCUCGGAUAGCGAAGAUCCCACAGCGAUCAGGGCAGGCUUCAAAGAAGCCUACAGAUGUUGUGCGUAGAGCCAGCCUUCAAGGUUUGUGGCGACCCGACCAUCAUGGCGGGAGCACGCUGUGGUGAUGUGGGGUGAGGUCUGUCUGUCUGUUGGAGAAUUUGGGUGCGGUUGCUUGGCAAACGGUGGCGGCGGGGAUGGCCAUCGAAAAUAAAUCGUAGUCCCAACUACGGUUGCCUAUAAGAUCAUCAGUCUUGCGUGCGUUGACUUCAUUUCUGCGCACACCCUUGAUUGUGGAUAUAAUUUUACUUCU